CCGAAAGAGAUACAUUAGGAGCGAUCGGGUUUGACUCUGUUUCUUGUAGUGAUACAUGUUCAUGUGAGCAUCGCGAAACAAGAAGUGACUGUUUCUUGUAGUGAUACAUGUUUAUUUGAGUAGCGCGAAACAAGAAUUAAGGUCAUGUGGCCUAAAUUGGUAGCUAGUAGAAUCCUCAGGUUGAGUAGCCAUAACUUUGUUGCAGAUUUUCCAAGCAUGAGCUUGGAUUCUUCCCUAGAGCAUCCUUACUUAGAUCUAGAAUCCACAGAUCCUGAGACUAGUGUCUUCACUGAACAUAAGGAGACACACAAAAUAUUUGUUAGUACAUGGAAUGUGGGAGGUGUGGCACCAGCUCAAGAUUUGGAUAUGGAGGAUUUGCUGGAUACAUGCAACAAUCCAUGCGACAUAUAUGUUAUCGGGUUUCAAGAAGUUGUUCCUCUGAGAACUGCGAACGUCCUAGGAUUGGAUAACAAAAAAGUAUGCAAGAAGUGGAAUUCCCUAAUUAGGAAGGCCCUCAACAAGAAAACAUGCUGCAGCCAAGAGGCCAAACAUGCUGCAGAGUUUCGGUGCCUUAUGAGUAAGCAAAUGGUUGGGAUAUUCAUAUCAGUUUGGAUUCGAGGUGAUCUUCAUCCUUAUGUUCGAAAUCUUAACCUGUCAUGUGUAGGCUGUGGCAUCAUGGGAUGUCUGGGAAAUAAGGGAUCAGUUUCUGUAAGAUUUCGGCUACAUGAAACAAGCUUCUGCUUUGUUUGCAGCCAUCUAGCUUCAGGGGGCAGAGUAGGAGACGAAAAACUAAGGAACUCCAACGUGACUGAUAUUUUUUCAAGAACAAGCUUUCCUAGAGGUCCUACUCCCAAGAUGCCUGGAAAAAUCAUAGACCAUGCGCGAGUGAUAUUGCUAGGAGACUUGAACUACAGGAUAUCACUGUCAGACAUCGAGACAAGAUCUUUAGUAGGUGAAAAUGAAUGGGAUUUGUUGAUGGUGAAUGAUCAGCUAAAGAAAGAACUCAUGGAUGAUCAAGCACUUGAAGGAUGGCAUGAGGGAGCAAUCAACUUCGCUCCAACUUACAAAUAUUAUCCUGAUUCUGAAUCAUAUUAUGGCACUGAUCCUGGAAAAAAAGGCGAAAAGAAACGUGCUCCUGCUUGGUGCGAUCGGAUACUCUGGUAUGGUGAAGGACUAAAGCAGCAUUUAUAUACCAGAAGUGAGUCGAAACUGUCUGAUCACAGGCCUGUCAAAGCUAUUUUCAGCUGUGAAGUUAGUGUAGUGCAAACCGUAGGAGGAUACAGAAGUUUCUUCUUAUCCGAGAGGUUUGAGAAUAAGAUUGCAAGCAGCAGAUCAUUAGAAAAAUCGAACACUAGACAAUCAAUAUAAACUCAAAUGCAUUUUCUUGAGAAUUUCUUCAAGUUAUUUUCCGUGAAUCAAAACGGAGCCUUACUGUCCAUAUUAUGUAAUGAAGGAACCAUAAUUCCAAGCA